AUGCUUGAGACUUCGGCAAAAAUUGAGAAAAAAAAUACACAAAAUAGAAAGAAGGCAAUAAAUAGCAGAGCUAUAGUGGCACAUGCCGAUCUUAUCGUCAACGCUUUGGAGCCUAUAAAAGAAGUCCCAUCAGCAGUUUGGAUCACCCAGCAAGAAACCACCGUUGAAACCACCCAAGAAUAUUCGGUGGAGACGACAUAUGAAGAAUAUGAAUAUGAAUCCACUUUCUCUGUAUCGGAGAUAUCGAAACUAGAGAAGUUCGUCUUACCUCCUAGAACUACGAUCUUAGCAUUGUCUCAGAGCGGAGGAGACAAGGAAGAAGACAAAAAGUAUGUCGUCACAAAUCACGGAAAAGCUGAUCUUUUUGUUGAGGUAGUGCAUCUCAAUAACCAAGAUGAUGCUCCACAAUGGUUUGUUGUCCAGCCAGACCAAACCACUGAGAUAGCUAUUGAGGACAGUCUUGAACAAAGCGUGUUGAAAGUGAGCAACAACAGUUACGAAGAGGAAGUUUCAUUUUCUGCUGAAGGUGGUCACGUUAUUGACGACUUGGAAAACAACAUUGAAGAACUUCUAGACUCAGACGAAACAGAAACUGAAAUAGUCGUUCUAGAAAACUUUUCUUUGAGCCCAAGAACUGCCGUCACUGUUUUGAGUCAAAAUGUUGAAGGAAGCAAUGAACAUCCUGGAAAGUACACUGUAACUAACCAUGGGGUAGCUGCUUUUGAUAUUGAAUUAAAGCGUACAUCACCUGUUCAAACUAUGGAUCUUCAUCGCAAAACUGUUCAGCCUAAUACAUCUGAGUCUUUUGAACUCACAGCUCAAUUCCAAAAUACCGUAUUGGAAGUUAUCAACACAAGCCACACUGAAGAUGCAGUUUUUAGAGCUGAAGGAGGUGAUGUUAUUGAAGAUCUUGAGGAUUUAGUUAGAAAUAUUGAUGAGAAAGUAGAAACUGUUGUUUCUCAUAUUGUAACAACUUUGGAGAGCUUCCAUUUAGUCUCACGUUCAUCCGUUACUGCUUUAAUGUAUGAUCCUGAUGAUGUUACCCUUUCCGAACAUCAUAACUUCACUGUUACCAACAACGGACAAUCUGAGAUAGAAGUUGAGGUUACUUACACUGACAGCGAUGACCGUGAGAAUGAUCAAUACAGAGUAGUUAAACCAAAUGAAACUGUAGUAAUUGAGCAUAUCAAAGACGCUGGAGUAGCCCUAUUAAAUAUAUUGAACAGACAUUACACAGAAGUUGCUAUUAUCACCGCCACGGGAGGAAGAGUAGUUCGAGAUAUUAUGAGAAAGAUCAAACAAUUGGUAUCUGAUGAAAAUUCAGUAAUGUUAGUAAAUAAUUUCCAUCUAGCACCUGCAUCUUCCGUAGUUGUCAUGCAUCAAGUUGGUAGAUUUAGACGAAGACCCGUAUACCCAGCUGGACAUCGCAAACCCCAACAUGUUGUAGUUCGUAGACCUCAACACCAUCCUGGACGUAAACCAGGACGGCUUCCAUGCAAACCAGCAGUACCUCGUCCUUGUAAACCAGCAGGUAGACCAGCAGGUCCAGGACGUCGUCCAUUCCGUCGUCCAGCUUGUAGGCCAGUAAUACGACCAGCCCACCGUCCAGGUCAAGGUGCUCAACAUCCAGCACAAGGUCGUCCUCAUCCAGCUCAACAAGGACAUCACCCAGCUCAACAACAGCACCGUCCAGCUCAACAACAGCACCACCCAGGUCAGCAACAGCACCAUCCAGCUCAACAACAACACCAUCCAGCUCAACAACAACACCAUCCAGCUCAACAACAACACCAUCCAGCUCAGCAACAACACCAUCCAGGUCAACAACAACACCGUCCAGCUCAACAGCAUAGACCUCAAGUUGGACAAUGUAGACCAGCGCGCAGACCAAGAAUUGUUAUGCGUCCCGCUGUCUUACGUAAACCCAUUGUUCAUGAUAGAUACACCGUUGUUAAUCAUGGAAGUCAUGCCUUUACUGUUCAGAUCAUUCAUGUUAAAGGAAGAAACCAUGAGGUGGUCCGCACUCAAGUUGUCCAACCUAACGAAACUCAAGUGCUUCUACUUGAAGGCAUAAAUGCGUCAUCUUUGAAAAUCAUCAACGAAAGCGAGACUGAUUACGCUAACUUCUCAGCUGAAGGAGGUGAAGUAGUUCAUGGAUUCAGAUAUAUGGUUAGACCACUGCGUCGCCGUCCUGGUGCAAGAAGAUGCUUCUGGGGAUUUUAA